GUAUAUAGAAGGUCGACGUCGAUCACAGACACACACAUAGGUACACGCACACUACCCAUGUACCAAGAAGGACAAACAGCUGCAGCAACCCUUACACACAAAGGCGUAUGUCGCAUUCUUUGCCAGAGACCCCUGUUCGGUACUCUUUGAGUAUAUUCUGAUGGACUCGCCUUGGUGUGCUCUAUGGCUGAUUCAUCAUUUCAAGGGUCGCCGCGUAUGCUUGAAGACGUCCAAUGUCUUUGAGCCUGCCAGCACACUUCUCGAGCACAGAUACGAUCUGCUCGUAUGUCUCUCGGGCCAGCAAGGUCCUCUUCUCCAAGACGAUGCGGGUGACGCUCAGCAAGUCGUGUAAGCCCAGACUGCAGAUACUGGAGCUCAUCGAAGGGCUGUAGUAGCACUGCGCGUGGCUCCCGAACGCGGUGUCUCUGAUGGCUGCGCACGAGAGCGUGCUGACGUCGGCCGAGACGAGCGCAGACUGCAGGCAGCUCAUUGUGUCGAAGAACCACGUCUGUCCCUUUGGUGUGAACGCGUCUGCCUGCGUUCGGAACUUUUCGCAGAAGUAGUUGCCGUAUCCGAGCGCAUAUCCGUCUUGUCCGCACGGCACCGUCUGCUCGACGCACUCGGUGUAAUACGCGCACGAGCCACGCUCUGGCGCGCUGCAGUUGCCCGCAGUCGUCACGCUUAUCCACGACGCAAGCAGUAGUACGUGACUGAAGACGUGCUUUGACAUCUUCUUUGACCGUGGCCGUUAACGUUUAC